AGCCGAAUUUCUUUCCUGCUUAACGAUGUUGAUUUUUGGAUUUGCGCAAAAUGGGCGGCGACAUAUCAAAGUUCGAAGCGGUGCAGCUUCAACCCCUUCCUCAUCCCAUUGCCGCGGUCGAUCAACGUUUCUGCCUCCAACAGCCAGUGUCACUCCUCAUCAAAGAGAAGAUAUUUUCAUUUUCUGGCGACGACUUUAGCAUCAAGGAUGCAACCACGGGCCAAGUUUAUUUUAAAGUUGAUGGCCGAGCUCUCUUGUCUCUCCGGGAGAAGAAGACGUUCCUGGACGCUUACGGUCAGCCGAUCAUGAAUAUGAAGCAGCAACUGCUGGCUUUCGUCCCAAAUCACACUCUAUACUAUGGAAAUGACUCUCAGAACAAGAUCUUGGAUAUCCGUGCACACUUCACCUUGAUGAAACCGAAACUGUCAGUAAAUUUCACCGACAAAAUCAGCGGCAUACCGUGCGAAAUUGGGCUGAAAGGCAAUUGGCUAGCACGACGGUCUUUGAUAUGGAUUGACAUUGGAUGUAAAGGGGAAGCGAACCGGAUAUUUGUCGCCAAAGUAACCAGCCCGCUUUUGACUGGCCGCACUGUGUUUUUCGAUAAGUCAGAUUACCUGUUGACGGUAAUGCCAGGGAUCGAUAUUGCGCUACUGGUGGCUAUUUGUGUUGCUUUGGACGAACGAUCACGAGACAAAUGAGAGAUAUACUAGUAUAGUGCUUCAAUUUGUGUAAAAUAUUCAGUUGUAGUAUGAAUAUCUCUGUACAAGAUACAUGUAGCGGGUAAUAAAAGGAAGGUCAAGCAGUGGCUAUGUGAUCAGUUACAGCUCGU